CUGCGUACGUUUUGACGUCUACAGUUUCCGGAAGUGGAUCGUUCAGUCCCGUGGGUCAGAGUAAAAAACGAUAGCGCAAACAAAUAUACGUAUUUCUUUAAUUUCAACAUCACAAAUGUCAGGGGGGACCAGUUUAGAGAACGCGAAUCCCUUGAUUUUUCAACGAACAGGCGAGAGACUUCAGACCGCAAAUGACGAGGACGAAGAUGUUGCUGAUCCCAUCGACGACAGAGAAAUAUUUGAUCUCAUCAGAUCCAUUAAUGAUCCUGAACACCCACUGUCCCUCGAGGAGUUGAAUGUCGUGGAACAAGUGCGAGUGCGCGUAGAUGACCAAGAGAACACAGUGGGUGUGGAGUUCACCCCCACUAUACCCCACUGCAGCAUGGCAACUCUCAUAGGCCUGUCCAUCAAAGUCAAACUGCUGCGGUCCCUGCCAGAAAGGUUUAAGAUUGAUGUGCACAUCACUCCUGGGACGCAUGCCUCAGAAGAUGCAGUCAAUAAACAGCUGGCAGACAAAGAGAGAGUGGCCGCUGCACUCGAGAACUCCCAGCUUCUGGAGGUGGUCAACCAGUGUCUGAUAUCCAAUGCAAGGACAGGCUGACCCCUCCUGAUGGAUCAAUUGAAAAUUCUUCUUAGUCCAGGACUAGGCUUAAUGUUUCUCUCCUGACAUGCUAACUGGACUGGUUGUUCAGUUUAUGUUGAGUAAAUGGCAAAUGUAUCACGUAUGCUGCCAUUGUAUUAUUUUAAUCUAACAGAAUUCCAAUGUAUUUCUGCUAUAGGCAGAAAUAACUAUACUGUGUGUUUCGUAUGUCUUCACUAUAUUCCUGACAUCUUCAGUUUAACAGUAUUAUAGAGAAGCAUUGUAUCCUUUAUUAUACAAGUAAAGCAAUAAAAUACAGGUUCAUCUUAUUAUGUCAUUGAAAAUAUACCUGAUAUUAAUGGCAUUUGCAAAGAGAACCAAGAAAAUGCAUACGUCUCUUAUAAAUGAAGCAAUCUCAACGUACACAAUGACAUGAAAGCCCAAAGACUGGGGAAGUGGCCCUGACACUGACUGAAUAAGAAAGGCCUUAGUUUAUAACAUAUGUCGUGGGGAGAAAUUAUAUAUAGUAUAAUACUUGUGCCAUUGGAUUUCCAUCAGAUGCCUUAUUUCAUAUUUGUCAAAAAUACAAUAAAAUAGUGUACAAUCUGUGAAAUAGCA